CCGCUCCUGAUUGGUCCCCGCCGGUGGCAGUUCUUUAUCGCCUUGGCGACUCCGGCUGGGCUGGCGGCUCGCGGUAAACAGGAGGAAGGGCGCAGAGGCAGCGCUCCGUCCCCGCAGGCAGGCAGUCUACUACCUCCAAGCCUUCUGGAAAACCCAGAGUCAAGAGGCAGGGGCAAUGACAGCCCCCUGACCAUGUUCCAGAUUUCCGAAUUUCAAGAUGAAACUUUCUCCACGAGUGAAAAGGACCCCGCGGAUCUCAAGCUGAGUGUCGGGGGGGCCAAGGAUCUGAACAGCCCCUCUCAUGAAAACCCAGAACUGAGGCGCCGCAUUGGGUCCGACCAACUCGAUUCGGAAACCUCCGAUGAGGUGGGGGCUUUCCGGGCCCGCUCCCGCUCCGCCCCUCCCAUUUUGUGGGCCGCGCAGCGAUACGGCCGAGAAUUACGCAGGAUGAGCGAUGAAUUUCACGGCGCCCUGCAGAAGCUUCCGCGCCCGAAAAGCGCCGGGACCUGUUCCCACAUGGACCACCCUCCCAGCUGGAAGGACACUCUGCGGUCGUGGUGGCGCCGAAGUUGCCCGGAGAACGGACCUUCCGGUUCUUAACCGGGUUUUGCUGCUGCUACUACCUGUUACGGGGAUUGGGAGGGUGGGGUGGGGUGGGAGGGAGAAACUUGGUGGGGUUUCGACCGUACGCUUUUUCCUCUGUGGUAUCUCAAAAUUAUUCCGGGUACCGAAUUCGUUCCCUAACAUUCCCAUUCUUUACGCCACUAACAAGAAGUUUACACCGGAUCUGACAUUAUGGCACCAUCCAGAUUUUUACCCUCUGCCCGUUUAACCCUUGAUUAAAUUCCGGGGAUAUUUUCCCCCCCUUCCCCAAUAUCCAACACCCCUAAUUUUCCACGGUCCCCCAUCCACUCCAGAAAAUCAAGGCAAAUACCCGUUUUUUAACAAGGAAACAAAAAAACCCUAAAUUUUUUCUCACCUUCACUCUGUGUAUUGUUGCUGUUUAUUUGUCUUAAUUCCUAAAGAAACAAAAAAUGUAUAUAAAGGUUGUUAUUUCUGGCUUCUCA